AUGCCAUCAACCUCACAGUCCGGAAUACAUUCCGAUAUCACUGCUAAAAUGAAUAAAUUCGCACGAUGGAUAAAAAACAGCUUUCGCCGCUCAUCGGCUAUCUUUGUUGAGGGUGCUGCAGCUGUUGGUGGCUUGGACAGCGGCAUCGGUGGCACUGGUAACUACAAGAAAAUCGCUGUGAUAACAACUGCAGCAACAUCCGCUGAUGGAAGUGCCUCGUCGUCCACUGAUUCGAACGGUGGCGUAACGCCGCCAAGUGAGAUUGUACCUUCGUCUGGUGAUGAACAGUUAUGA